AUGGGCAAGAGCCCUCUCAGGGGCAGCAGGGGCGCAGGCCGCCUGGGAGAAGACGGCUGGGUUGAGGGCCCAGGCAAGAUAGAAGAAAGGAGUCAAGCAGAGCCAAAUGUUCAGACUUCCUGUGGACAGACACUGAGAAGCCCGCAGGAGGGAACGCUGGGCCAGGAAGGCCCAGAGCCCUCUGACCUCGCUUCCCAGGGCUUGCCAGAACUCCACGACCCCUCCAAGGGGCUUGGCGCUGGCCUGAGCCACGAGAGAGCCGAGGGGGCAGAGCCCCAGACACUGUUGACCGACUCUCCUCAGGGUAGCCCUGAGGAGACACCACAGGGUCAGCGUGGGCAGUCGCCUCGGGGUUAUACAGGAGAGUCGACUCGGAGACCAGGCAAAGGGGCUCCUCAGAGCCAAAGAGAAAGGAAGCAGGCUCAGCAGGAAGUCAAAACCCCUCAGUGUGGGGACGGUGGUAAUUCAGAAGUCUGGGGGGAAGCUCAGGGAGUAGCGAAAGUGUGGCGCCAGGAAGAGGGCGACCCUGAGGGCCAUUCCAGGGACGUUUGCAGGUCCCCGGGAAAACCGAUCCCCCAGCAUGCGGAGACGGGGAUACCAGGACCCCCAGGUAGUAGCGCCCAGCUGACACCGGUGGUGGCCACCCAGGAAGGGGCCUGGGCCCCCACCCCUGCCGCGAUGCCUCCUUGGGCCCCAUCCCCUCUCCGAAGGCCGCAGGAGCCCCAGCCGAGGCUCCAGGAUGCUCUCUGGGAGCAGAGAGGCCCUAGGGACCCCAAAUCCUGGAAGGCCGCGUGGCCCGAGCCCCGGAGCAGGGAGGAGGCACCGGCCGGCGCUGAGCAGGAGGCUCUGCAGCGGCUGCUGGAGCUGCACCGCGCGGCCAGGGAGCGGCGGCUGCGGGACCGCGAGCAGCAGCGGCUCCGGGUCCUGGAACGACUCCGCAUCCUCGGGAACCACCGUCGCCGGGUUCACCCUCUGGGGCUCCCUCCCAGCGCAGCUCAGAUGGCACCACAGGGGGAUGCGGCAGGAUGGAGACGCAUCUUGCGGGAGCGGCUGGAACAAGUGCACCGCGGCAGGACUCAGUGGCUGCGGGCCCUCGGGGCCAGGAACACCCAGAACUUUCAGGAGCUACUGUCCCCUGGCACUGAGAAGCCCAGUCCUGGAGAAUAGUGCGCACACCACACAUCCUGCUGCUGUCCUUACUCAGUCCUCGUGGAGAUACGGAGAUGAUGGCUAAGGAAAAGGCCGCAGGGUGACCCCAGGUGUGAGGUAGUUUCAGAAAUGUCCAGAGGGAAGCCUCAAGGCCAAAAAUACACACAGCAAUAUAGCUCCA